AUGCGGGUGGUACUUCUAUCAGUUGUACUACUGCUUUGUGGUACCUUAGUGGCUCAAGCAUAUGAAGACCAGAAUUUAGAGGAUGAUGACUUUGCAGAAUUUGAACAAUUUGAAGUUGAUGAUGAGGAGGAAUCUGCCAGUGAAUACAAUGAAGACGACAAGGAAGUACCGCCAGUUCCGCCGAUGAAACAAAAACCAUCAUCCGAGGAAGAAUUUGAAGCUCCCAUUGAAACCGAAGAUGAUCUCAUAGUUGAGGAUGAAGAUAAUGAGUUUGAGCACUUCCAGGACCCCGAGGAGUUUGAAGGGUUCCAAGACAGCGUGCCAAGAACGAACGAACAACCAAAGAUCACUAUUUCUAAGGUUCCUAUAAUGGUCCGUCCGCGGUGGGACGCGUACUGGUUGGAAGGCAUCCUGUGUUGUCUGCUCGCUGCGUACGCGUUGGCUUACGCAGUCGGACGCGCCAAGAACACCUCUAUAGCCACCAACUUCCUCAAGCUUCAUAAACCACUACUCGAUGAUAACUUCACAUUAGUCGGUGAGACAGGAUUGGAUGUAGUAGCUGCGAGCGAUGAACGCGGGUGGCGCCGGGAGGCGGAGCACUGUUUCACGAUGUGGUGUAGCGGCAGAGUGUGUUGCGAAGGCAUGCUGCUUACACUCAAACUUAUAAAGCGUCAAGACCUGGUGCACGUAGUAUUGAAUGUAGUUAGACCAACUCCGGACACGUUGCUGGUGCGUGUGGAACUAGGUAAAGAUGACAGCGACCCCUUCGUGCUGUGCGUCGCCCAGAAGAAGAUCGCCACGCGACUCUCCAAGGAAAUGCAGGAUCUGAGCGUGUUCUGCCCGGAGCGUCGUCCGGGCGAUAAGCACGGGCUGCCGGCGGCGCUGUCGGUGAUGUCGGAGACGGCCGAGGCCACGGCCGGCGUGCUGGACGCGCGCGUGCAGGCCGCGCUCGCGCUCUACCACGCGCACGUGCAGUACAUACACAUCUCCGACAGAUACUCGGGCCCGAAGCAAAUGGAGGAGGGUGCGGUGGCGAAGCCCCCGGAGUGCGAGCGCGUGCUGCUGGUGAGCCUGGCGCUGGGGCCCGACGGCGGCGGCGACGAGGUGCGGCCGCUGCUGCUGCUCGUCUUCCACCUCAUGGACAAGCUCAAGCGCCUGCGGCUCAGCAAAGAGGCACUAGCUAAAUGCGAGAAGCGUCGUCAGAAGGUAGCAGAAGCUUGGCUGCGUGGGGCUCAUGCUGCCAGGCAGGAACAGGCUGCCCAACGCAGAGAAGAGAAACGGAAACAGGAGAAAGAGAAAAUACUGGCGGAAGAUGAUCCUGAGAAGCAGCGUCGUUGGGAAUUAAAGGAACAAAAACGUCAACAGAAACGCAAAACGCCAAAAAUGAAGCAGUUGAAAGUGAAAGCGCUAUAA